AUGCUGUCGUUGAGGAAACUCAUGAAUAAGCCGCGACUAGAUGACUGGGCUCCUCUUGCGAAGUUUUUUUACGCUGAUGAAGCGUUGAAUUGUAUAGCACUGGAACUAGAUUCAUUUGAUGGUCGUCGUGAUCCCGAAAGAUGUAACGUCCUCGUUAACAAGCUCAGAAUUUCUCAGGACAGAGUUCUUCAUAUUAUAGGAGAAAUGUUGGUGACUGUUUAUCCACUAGAGUCGGACCGUGCUUGUCGAGAUUUUCGUGUGAAGUUUCCUGAUGAGAUUGUUCAUGACAGCCUUCCUGGGCAGUUAUGGUUUGGGGCUGAGGUUAGCCAUCCUUUCAUUUUAUUUCUAAAAGGGGUGAUUACACGUUAG